AUGGCUGCCCCUGAUGCUUUCCUCUUGGCCUCUGUUUUUGGCAUUCUAGGUAACAUCGUGGCCUUCAUGGUGUACCUAGCACCACUGCCAACAUUUUAUAGAAUUUUCAAGAAAAAAUCAACAGAAGGGUUCCAGUCCAUACCUUAUUCGGUGGCUCUGUUUAGCGCCAUGCUAAUGCUCUACUAUGCCUUCCUCAAGACCAAUGCUUUUAUGCUCAUCACCAUCAACUCCGUUGGUUGUAUCAUCGAAACCAGUUUCCUUGUAAUGUACAUAAUUUAUGCACCAGCAAAACCCAGGAUUUACACAGCAAAGCUUCUUGUCCUGUUUAAUGUGGGGGUUUAUGGUGUGAUCAUAUUGAGCACCUACCUAAUUCCAAAUCAUUUUCUGCGGAUUAAAGUUGUUGGGUGGAUUAGUGUUGUGUUCUCUGUCUGUGUGUUUGCUGCUCCUCUGAGUAUAAUGAGGCUAGUUAUUAGAACGAGGAGUGUGGAGUUCAUGUCCUUCCCUUUGUCAUUCUGCUUAACUCUCUGUGCUGUAAUGUGGUUCUUCUAUGGCCUUCUAGUGAAGGAUUUGUUCAUAGCGGCACCAAACAUCCUCGGUUUCGCAUUCGGGUUAGCGCAGAUGAUUAUGUAUCUGAUGUUCAAGAACUCAAAGAAAUCUAUAUUACCAGAAUUUAGCCUCAAUCAGAUACCAAAUGUGGUUGCAGUAAAUGACAUUGUAGCAAGUGACAGUCAAUUGAAAACGAAGGACACAAAGAAGAGUUCUGAAGCUGAGGAGAAUCAGUCAACAGAGAGCAUGACAAAUGAUAGCAGGGCUGGAGAUGCAGCUGCUGCUGAACCAAAUGAAUCAAUUGUGUGA